AUGAAGUUUUUUCACGAAAAGGCAAUGCCAUUGCUGGUUUUAUUGGGGGUGAUGGCAGUUAUGGUACAGGAAAGCAAGGGCCUUCCUUGUGGCAGCACUUUCUUCUCUGCACUGGUUCAGCUAAUACCUUGUAGGGCAGCAGUUGCUCCAUUUAGCCCCGUCCCACCAACCGAGGCUUGCUGCACUUCCAUCAAAGCUUUGGGGCAGCCUUGCUUGUGCACUAUUGUUAAUGGUCCUCCAAUCUCUGGUGUUGAUCGGAACAUUGCCCUGGAGCUUCCUGAGAAGUGCACUGCUAACUUUGAACCUUGUAACUCUCUCACUCCUUCUCUCAUCCAAUCUUGUGGACUCGCGAAAUAA